CAAGAAAAUAUAAUUAUUCGAAGUUUGGAUAUUAUAUUGAAUAUAUUUGGGAAAAAAAAAAAAAAUAGGGUAUAAGGAAUAUAGAGAGAUGGCAAGGGCAGUGGGAAGAAGUUUAGCAGCACCAUUGUGGUUUUUGAACUUGUUAAUGUAUUUUAUUACAUUAGGUUUUGCUAGUUGGUGUCUUAAUAGGCUUAUCAAUGGCCAAACCAAUCAUCCUAGUUUUGGAGGGAAUGGAGCAACGAUGUUCUUCCUAACGUUUGCAAUAUUAGCAUCGAUUUUGGGAAUAAUAUCGAAGCUGUUAGGUGCAAAUCAUCUAAGGGCAUGGAGAAAUGACAGUCUUGCUGCUGCUGGUUCAUCUGCUUUAAUUGCAUGGGCUGUUACUGCACUUGCUUUCGGAUUGGCAUGCAAGGAGAUAAACAUAGGUGGAUGGAGAGGAUGGAGGCUAAGAGUUCUUGAAGGUUUUAUAAUAGUUCUUGCAUUCACUCAACUCCUCUAUGCUCUCAUGCUUCAUGCUGGAUGGUUCAAUAGCACCUACGGCCCCGGGUACAGGGACACUGAAUACGGAGCCGGUGCACCACAUGCCGGUGCCCCCGGAACCGGAAUAGCAGAGAAGGGUACUGGUUACACUGGAGCUAGGGUCUAAUUUAGGUUUGAAUAAGUACAUCAUAAUAAUAGUUCUGAUGAAACAAGGUGACGUUUUAGAAUUUGUGUAAGCUGAUAUUAUAGGGCUUAGAUUUGGGUUCCUUUAAUGCAUUGUUAACCAUGUUUGUUAAAGUCUCUUUUGGAAGUUUAUUUUGCUUUUUAAUUGAAGUGUGAACAAUGUGAACUCUGGGCUGUGGAGUUAACUUGCUUUGUUAUUCAAUUUUCAGUUAUUUGAUCCUUCA